AUUGUGAGUGCUACUCACACCGAGUCGAGUCGAGUCGAGUUAUCUAUCCGAGUUAGAGGCAACCACCGACUACGCCACCCCCUAAUUCCAUUUCCCAAGCAGUUUCUUUUCUCGCUACGAAGUUACCGAUCCACGCCUCCAUCUCACCGAUUCCCAGAAAACAAAACCAGAAUACUGAAAUCCCCAUCCCCAAACACCAACCAACCAACCAACGAACCCAACACUGAACCCUGGCUCCCGACAUCUGGAAGCGUCUGUUCCCGGCUCGAACCCGAAGACCUCUCCCAAUCAUUCCGCAAAUCGGGAUAACCUGCCGAUUCAAUCCCCGGAUGGAAAUAAACCUAUUCAGGCUUUGCUCUGGCCUCAGAGUCCUCGGCUACUUCAUGAUCCUCCUCGUCACCGCAAUUAUCGGGGUCAGUUACUACGCCGUCGUCUUGCUCACCUGGGGCCCACAGUUACUCGGCGGCGGAUUCCACUCCUUUUUAUCCUUCGCCAUCAUCAUUACAUUCCAUGUUCUGCUUAUACUUUUAUUAUGGAGUUAUUUUAGGGUAGUGUUUAAGGACCCUGGCUCUGUACCUGGAAAUUGGAGACCGGUUUCCCCGGAGGAGAAUUUGGAGGUUGGUAGUUCUUUUGCAGCAGCGGAUGAUGGAUUGGAGAGGUCACGUGGUGGUUAUUGCAGCCAUUGCCAGAAUGGGAAGCCACCGCGGUGCCAUCAUUGUUCUGUUUGUCAAAGAUGUGUUCUCAAGAUGGACCACCAUUGUGUCUGGGUGGUGAAUUGUGUUGGAGCACGCAACUACAAGUUUUUUCUUCUUUUCUUGCUAUAUACAUUUUUGGAGACAACAAUGGACACCAUAGUAUUGCUGCCAAGUUUUAUCAAUUUCUUUGAUGAAGCCAAGAAUCACUCCUCCACUCCUGCCAAUUUGGCAAUAAUAUUUUUGGCCUUUGUUCUCAAUUUGGCGUUUGCUCUGAGUCUUCUUUGUUUCCUAGUCAUGCACGCAUCUCUUCUUUCAAGCAACACAACAUCAGUGGAGGUUCAUGAGAAGAAAGGAGCAGUCAGGUGGAAAUAUGACUUGGGCAGGAAAAAGAAUUUUGAGCAGGUAUUUGGCACAAAGAAAACUUUGUGGUUCUUCCCAUUGUUCUCAGAAGAUGAUUUAGACAACAUACCAGCACUUCAUGGCAUAGAUUUUCCAACACGUUCAGAUGUUGAGGCUUGAGGUUUUAUCGUCUAAGUGACUGCCCAUGAUCAUAGUGCAUUUCCAUGAUUGUGUUUAAUUGUUCAGUUGGAAACGAUAUACCUCAAGUUAUGUUUGCUUCGAUAGUGUCAUGACAUUCGCUUGAAGUGAAUGUAAAUAAAAGUUUUAGUUCAGAGACGUUUCUUUGUGACCGAAGUUUGACUUAAAGGAGAGGCAUCCUGUCAGCAACGUGACAGUUUAGAGUAA